AUGGCGUUCGACCUCGACGCGUGCAUCGCGACGUUGCUCAAGAAGCAGCUUCUCGGCGAGGCUUUACUCAAAGAGAUCUGCGAAAAGACAAAGGAGAUCCUGAUGCGCGAAUCCAACGUCGUCCACAUCUCCGCACCCGUCACCGUCGUCGGUGACAUCCACGGUCAAUUCUACGACCUGAUCGAGAUCUUCCGCAUCGGUGGCUAUGCGCCGCACACGAACUACCUCUUCUUAGGCGACUAUGUGGAUCGAGGUCUCUUUUCCGUCGAGACCAUCUCCCUGCUCACGUGUCUGAAGCUUCGCUAUCCGGAUCGAGUCCAGCUCAUCCGCGGGAAUCACGAGUCGCGGGCGGUGACGCAGACCUAUGGCUUCUACACCGAGUGUCAGCGCAAGUACGGCAGCGCCAACGUCUGGACCUACUUUACGGAUAUGUUCGAUUUCCUCACGCUCAGCGUUGUGAUUGACGACCAGAUCUUCUGCGUCCACGGUGGGUUGAGUCCAAGCAUACACUACGUGGAUCAGGUCAAGGUGAUUGAUCGAUUCCGCGAGAUCCCGCACGAAGGACCCAUGGCAGACCUCGUCUGGUCCGACCCGGAUCCGGAUAAGGAGGAAUUCGCCAUCUCGCCUCGUGGCGCAGGAUACACCUUCGGCGCCAGCGUGGUGAAACACUUCCUCCAUAGGAAUAACAUGAACCACAUUCUACGGGCACACCAGUUGUGCAUGGAAGGGUUUAGUGUGCUUUACGAUGAUCGGUUGUCCACGGUUUGGUCAGCCCCAAAUUACUGUUACAGGUGCGGAAACAUGGCCAGUAUCCUAGAGGUGUUUCCGGGAGGCAGGAAACACUUUAAUACCUUCGAGGCGGCACCGGAGAACGAGAGGGACGGUCCGAAUCAGCAUAAUCUCAACGGUGGGCCCACGGCAAAUGGCAAGCAUGAGGCUGUAGAGUACUUCUUGUAG